GGUUUCCUACCCAGUUCUCUUUCUGUACACCAUCUCGUGUGUCCGUGUAUUCCAAAACCCUCUUCAACUUGUCGCUCCUGGCUCUCCAGGGCGCGGCGUGUGAAUUUUAUCUGAGUGUAUACUCUGUACUGCACCGGGGAAGAAUACCACGGGAGAAAAAAACCCAGGUACGUUCCAGUUCUUUUGUUCUCUUUGUGCUUGGCCGGUCGCCGUAUCACACCCGCAUCUAUGUGUGGUAGAGCUCUGCGAUUGUGGGAGCAACUGCGCCGUGGCGGCAAGAAACACAUUACACACAACGCAAACACGAGGAGAGAGAGAGAGAACCAGAGAGGAAACAACACUUGCGGCUGCCCUUUGUGCCGUUAUGCCACCAAACCAGCGAGUCAACUCAGUCGGACAUGGUAAUGCGCUCCCAGAGGCUUCUCGACAUCCCAAAGCACAACAUCCCAGAGCUGGAUGCCAGGCCCGAACGGAAAGGGGAAGAAGAGGUAGGGAUGCUCGGCAGAAGCUGGAGAGGCAACGACAACGGCAGUGACGGUUUCGGACCGCGAUCUAGAGGCCCAAGAAGAGACAGGAGUUGCAAGGCGAGACAUUCGAGUCUCACUCGGGCUGCUCAGCUUCAGCUGUUGCCAUGCGUCCACUGCCAUCAUUCUCCUUGUCUCUUCAGCGCUUCACCGACUGCCGCCCGCAUUUGGAGAAGGCCAGGACCAAGACCAGGACCAAGAGGGAACCCCCGGACCAGCACCACCAAACUUCGCCAGUUCCGCACCCCGCCUCCAAUUUCCCUUGUUUCCAGAAUCACGAAACUCUCGCUCUGUUCUGUUGUUUCUUGCCGCCAUGGGCGUCACACGCAACCUGAUCUACCACAUUCUUUGAUGCUGCCGCCGCUGCCUUUUUCGCCGCAACAAAACCCUCUACAUGUUCAUGUCGCUGACCGUCGGCCCUGCUUGAUGCCAGCAGUAUAUAGAAACCGCAGCCACUAGGCCUCUUUGCGCCGUGUACGAAUUGUUGGAAUAAGCCGAACCAUGGACGAGCUGCGCUUCCGAUCUCAACAGUCGCCCCGUAACGAGUCCACGAUGAACACACUUGUCUCACCUCCGCGGAACGGCCGCCUCCCGCAGCCUGUUCAGGCCCACGAUGGGCGAGGUGCCCUGCCUCGCCGCUUCACCACGGAUUCGGGGCGUGUACCAACAUUGUCUUCAAUCACCGGUCAGCGCGGCCCUGACCUUGCUGGCCCUGAUUAUAACAACACUUUCCACAAAGUUCAAUUGAUCGAGAAGAAAAAGAUCGAAUAUGAGAGACUGCGCGAGCAGAGACGUCGCUUCGAGAUGGAGAUGCAGAAGCUGGAGCAGGCCCAGCGUCGCGAAGAGAUGGAGCUUGCGAAGAUGCAAGACGACCUCCGCCAGGGCCACCAGUCGGAGCCUACGACGCCCCCCGAAUACCACGAAUCGUCCGGCUUCCCCACGAUGUUCUCGCGUCCCAACCGCUACUCGACUUCGAGCUUGACCUCGCCUCCCGGUCUCUUCAACCGCCCCGGGCGCUCGGGCUCGCAGCUCACUUCGCCGCACUCCACGGUGAUGCAGUCCCGCUUCACCUUUGACGACCAUUUGCCUUCCCGAUCCGUGCCGGGAUCUCGCAGAAACAGCGAUGAGGACGAGAAGGAGGAGGCAGUUCGCCAAGAUCCGACUAGUCAUCGAUCUUCCAACGCCUACAACCGCUACUCGAUGCCAGUCACGCGCUCUCGCACUGGUCUCUACGGCGCCGACCUCGACCAGACUGGCACUGCUCGCUUCCUCUUUGGCGAGGAGGACGCUUCUGGCGAGAACAAGUAUGGCCAGGCCAACGGCGACGACAACUUCCCUACUCUGGUUCGCCAGAACGAUCAAAUGAGCUUGUCUGCUAUCAACACGUCUUCGCUCAACGGAGCUUCAUCUUCUGGAGAAAUCGGCAAGCGUUCCUCAGUCCGCCACUCGCUCGACUUGAAGUUCUUCCCGGACGCUCCCUCCGACAACCAGGCUUCCAUCGUCUCUCCUCCCGGCAACCACCCCGGUAACCACAUCAUGGCUACUCCUCCCAAGUUGCAGAGCUCCUUCUCUGCAAACGAUGUGCCUACCGUCAAGAGCACUGCCAACGGCGGCCCUGUCACCAACAACCACGCCCAGCAGCAUUUCCACAACCAUAAUGCCAGCAUCGGUCGCAUUCCCGCUGGCGCUGUCCCCGGCCGCCAUAGCCGUGAGCUGUCCAACGACAACACCAUGGGCGGCCCUCGCGAGCAGGCUGGUUCUUACCCUUCCAUCCAGUCGGCUCUUCAGGCCAAUGCCGCUCCUUUCGGUCCUGGUGCUCCAGGUCAAGGCUUCCCUCACACCUCUCAGGGCAACCAGACUCCCAACGGUACUGCCACUGCUGGUCCGAACAACGGCUACGGUGGAUUCUACCCGAGCGGCUACGUCUCGCCCAACAACAACGGCGGCCCUCCCCCCGCCUCUGGCCCUGGCCCCUACGGCGUCCCUCUCUUGGCCAUGAGCAUGCAGAACAUGAACCUCAAUGGCAACAACAACAUGUACCCUGCUCAGAACUACGCUGGCUAUGGCGCUCUGUACAACCCUCAGCCUCAGCCCCGUGAUAGCCAGGCUCGUGUCAUUCAACAUCGCCGCCAGAUGGACAAUGAAGCCAUGUCGCGCUACAACGGCCUCGCUCUUGAGAACGUUGGUGGCCAGAUCUAUGACCUUUGCAAGGACCAGCACGGCUGCCGCUAUCUGCAAAAGAAGCUCGAGGAGCGCAACCCGGAGCAGGUCCACAUGAUCUGGCUUGAGACCAACCAGCACGUCAUUGAGCUCAUGACUGAUCCUUUUGGCAAUUAUCUUUGCCAGAAGCUGCUGGAGUACUGCAACGACGAUGAGCGCACUGUGCUCAUUCAGAAUGCCGCCGUCGACAUGGUUCGCAUCGCCCUCAACCAGCACGGCACCCGUGCUCUUCAGAAGAUGAUUGAGUUUGUUACUACUCCGACCCAAAUUGAGAUGAUCAUCAACGCUCUUCGCUUCCAGGUCGUUGAGCUUAUCCAGGACCUCAACGGCAACCAUGUCAUCCAGAAGUGUCUCAACAAGCUCAGCGCUCAGGAUGCUCAGUUCAUCUUCGACGCUGUCGGCACCAACUGCGUUGAUGUUGGCACUCACCGUCACGGUUGCUGCGUUCUCCAGCGCUGCAUUGAUCAUGCGUCUGGAGAGCAGAAGGUCUGGCUGAUUGCCAAGAUCACCGAGCACGCUCCGAUCCUUGUUCAGGAUCCCUUUGGCAACUAUGUUGUCCAGUACAUCAUCGACCUGAACGAGCCCUCCUUCACUGAGCCGAUUGUGCGUAUGUUCCAGAACCGCAUCGGCCAGCUCUCCCGCCACAAGUUCAGCUCCAACGUCAUCGAGAAGUGCCUUCGUUGCUCCCAGGAGCCUUCCCGCGAGAUGAUUGUCGACGAACUCCUGAACCCCGGCGAGAUCGAGAGACUGCUCCGUGACUCGUAUGCCAACUACGUCAUCCAGACCGCCCUCGAGUACGCUCCUCCUGCCAGCAAGUACCGCUUGGUGGACGCCAUCCGCCCCAUCUUGCCUUCCAUUCGGUCCACUCCCUAUGGCCGUCGCAUUCAGGCCAAGAUCCAGGCCUUUGAGGGACGUGGCAGUGCUACCUCGAGCGGUCAGGUUACUCCCGCGGAUCCCACUCAAGGCCAGAUUCCCCUGCGUCCCGGCCACAACCGCGCCAUGUCUAACAAUACCUCCAUCAUCGCCCCUGGCGGUGCCUUUGGCAAUGGUCUGAAUGGUGGUCUCAACGGCGGUGGCAUGGCUCCUCGUGGCAACCAGGCCAACUACCCCACGACCAACAACGUCACUGUUCCGCCCCCCGCUCCCCAGAACCAGCGCGUCCAGCAGUUUGGCUUCAAUGGCCAGCGGCGCACCAACGGUGGCGCCCCCGCUGACGCCGCUGCGGGCGAGUCUCAGUGGCUGUAAUUGUAUUCGACGCGUUGUCGACCAUUUCAGCCCGUUGAGAUUCGGUUCCAAUGGUGCGAAAUGUUGCCCGGGCAUUCGACAACGAACAUAAUGGUGGCAUGAUGCUUUCCGCGUAACGGUUUUCUUUCGACACAGCACGGCGGCUACGCAGCAACGACUUGACGAUCUUUUUCCUUUUCCCUGUCUGUGCAAACACCACAAAUCAUCCUCCAACCAACAUACAACACCGCAAUCCACCCAACCUCUUCAUCCGUCGAGCACGGCGGUCCUUGCAUCCGGUUGCAAGGCCUGCUUUGUGUGUACACUAUGGAUUCGGGCAGCGCAUCAGUGCCCACCCUUCGGCAUUUGCAGCGCAGACAUAAGAAUCGCAUUCUGCUUCUCGGCAGCCGUCACCAGAUCGGGCGGAGCCUUCAAUAGGGCUUGUACUUGAUUCGAUGCCAACAUCGACAUAGACGAACGCUUUCCUUGCUUUCAGUUUCUUUUGUUUUUUCGCCGCGAUUUCUUACUUCCGUCACUUUUUUCUUCAUUCUCGACGCUCGUUCGCCAGGGUCAACUAGUGACCCUUGGCAUCAUGAUUGGAUCGGACUCACGACAACAACAUUGGCAUAAUUCCUUUGACGAUACGCCAGUCACGAAGCUGAUCAUGAGACGCGCAACGAUUUCGGGAAGACUUGAGUUUCUUCCCUUACGAACGAUGGCAUCUCGGUGUACUACGGGCCACCUUAGCCUUGCGUACCUCCACUCGAACGUUUCUACGACCCACGGAACGGUCCGACAAGAUUAUACAGGAGAUACCUGACUGCGCACGCAUUGCAUAGGGGCCAACACUGGGACAUGACAGCAUCGGAGACAGUUUUUUUUCUUCUUCAUUUUUCUUUUUCUUCUUCUCGCAUGCAGUUGGCACGUCGUUUCACACUUUCAACAUGGAUCGCUCAGUAUGACACCCAGACCUCUCAUGGCUUAUCUGAAUUGGGAGAAUACAACAUCAACAAGACGGGGAUAUCCAUCAAGAGCUCAUGGGCUCUCGUAUGUUUGGGGGGUUUCUGGAGAGAUUCGAUUUGGCCUUCUGGAGAUUGGAGAAGGUUUCCUGUGUGUGUAAGAGAACUCUAGGGAUGAAAAUUGGGCGUUACUUUUUGCUUUUUCUGGCCGGCGGAGAACAAGACGUGUUUGGUGAGGCUCUUGGCUCGACUUGCUCUUAUGCUUCUCAGCAAAUGCCCACGACACACCCUCCGACCGCGCGCAUGUAACUAGGCAGAUAAUUCGAG